CUUCGAUGGCCCCAUCCCAGGAUUGGCGAUGCUGGUGUGAUUCAGGAAAUAAUCAGUAACAAACCACACCGAUAAAAACAGCCCAUCAUGUCAGAAAUAUCCUUCUCAGAGGCCGAUGCGCAGGCAUUGAAGGGCAAGGUCGUCGUCCUUACAGGCGGUGCUCAGGGCAUCGGAGCUGCCACCGUCGGCUUGCUGCAUGGCUUCGGAGCACACGUCUACUUUGGAGAUUGGAACGAGGAGAAGGGCCAGCAGGUGGAGCAGGAAGCCAAGGCGAGCAGCAAAAGCAACAACGGAGGCUCCGUCUACUUCAGGCAAGUCGAUGUGCGGAAUCACGACUCCCAGCUUGCGCUGUUCGACGCCGCGCACGCGGCCCAUGGUCGGGUAGAUGUUGCCAUCUCCUGUGCGGCUAUCACCGAGUCUCCGGGAUGGUUCGAGCCGCAGGACCUCAACUUGGAAACAGUCAGAAAGGAACCACUGCCGGUUAAGAACAUUGUGGACAUCAACCUCACAAGCGUCAUCUUGUUCUCACGGAUUGCGCUGGCAUUCAUGAAGGCGGAUCCGAAGGAGGAUUCGGCUGGUGUAAAGUUCUCCAAGUCGAUCGUCCUCGUCUCGUCCAUUGCCGGCAUCACGGAAGCUCCGGGGCUUUUCGCGUACUCGGCAUCGAAGCACGGAGUCAUCGGCAUGAUGCGGGCCCUGCGGCCAUGGGCACCAAGCAAAUACGGCAUCCGGGCAAACGCCAUCUGCCCGUGGGCAACAGACACUCAGCUCCUGGCCGGUGUGAAGGCGAAGUGGGUAAAGGAGAAGAUGCCCAUGAACCAGCCCGCGGAUGUUGCUCGCAUGAUCGUCCAAUGUGCGGCCGAUGGGAACCUCAACGGGAAGGCCGUCUACGUGGCCGGCGGGCGCGGCUACGACACCGAAGAGGGUGUUGACAGAACGCGGCCUCAAUGGAUGGGCGAGGAGAACGCCGUCAUCUUCCAGCGAGGUCAGGAAAUUCUAGGACUGGGAGACAACUGGACCGACAAUAUUUAAUCCUAGGAGAGAAAACGAGGAACAACCCCUGGAAAACGAGGAACAACCCCUGAUUAUAUCAAGACUACAUGUACUACGUCCUCUCUAGUGUGUCUAGUUUACCUCCUGCUCAUUGCGGAC